AUGGAGCCAACAGACACUUUGAUCAGUGACUACAUCAACUUUGACGACCAGAAGGCUGGCCUCACUGGUGCUGAGCUGAGGAACAAGGAGUUCACCUUUUGCGCUGCUGCUGCCGUCAGCCAUCUUUGCGAUGAGCAGGAAAAUGGCAGCAACCUAGAUGAAUGUCUCCACCUGAGAGACGACUUCGAGCUCAUCAGAGAGUUAGACCUCAUCUCUUCAGUCUACUCUAUUGCUCCAAUUAACAAACAGACGGGCAUUAGUCCAACACCUCCUCUCAUUGCAUGCGCUGAUGUUCGCACGCAAGCCGCUGGAGGUAUGGGCUCACGAUUCUAUCAAGAUCUUAUCGAAAGAGGACUGGAGUUUGUUCCGCUUGUUGAAUGGCUCAUGACACGAUACAAAGUGGUUGUUUGCGGUCACAGCUUUGGGGGCGCUUUAGCAACCGCUUCGCCUUUUCUUUCCAUAUCUGACCACCAAUCUAUUCCUAAUAUAUGGCAAGAGGGAAUGAAUGGCAUUUCUGUCAUUACAUUCGGGUCAGCCCCUUGCCAUUUCAAUGAGCCUCAAGGGACCACGGCCUCGUGGAAAAUACAUGUCAGCAAGAACUUUCAUCACGUCAUCAAUCCUCAUGAUUAUGUGCCUUUUGUACUGAACGACGCAUCGAGGAGGUUUGAACAGGACUCCAACUCCCCGAGAACAAAGUCAGGAAAGUUCUGUCACUUUGGCUGCAUAUAUUCCAUUUCCACCGAGUGUCCAGGAAUACAGAGUUGUCUUCAGAUAUUAACUGUCGGUGACCUUCCGCAGAUCCCUGUUGCACGAGAUUUCGGCGAGUGCUACAAGAUGUCACACUAUUAUCACUGUGUCAAGAGCUCUAUCGGCGCAAAACUACCCCAAGAUGUUCUUCCAGAGAACCAUCGUGGGGUGUCAUUCAAUGAAAUCCCCUCUCUUAUACUUCCGAUGCCUGACACAGUUAUGAAUUGUUCCUGUGUGGUAGAUAUCGACCGUCUCACUAUAUCCUUGGCUGUCGAUACCGCUAUCAUCCAUUAUCUUCUGGAAGGGGCAUUUUUCAAAUACAAUGAAAAGGAUAUUCCUUUCUCAUCCAUUAACUAUCUCCUUCACCCCAAGGAUCAUUCCAAAUCUUCAGUGGAGUUGGGGUACAUGAUCGAGGACAACGAUACGUUCGAACGUAUCGGCAGAAUAGCCAUCGCUGUUCAACAAGCUAUUAUUCUCCGUGAUGUCUUUGGACGAUCAAUGGCUAUUAAAGUCGAUAUGGGACACCUCAGCCUUGAUAGAGCCAGUCGGUCAGAUACCUUCGAAAGUCUCCGCUUAGCAAUGGUACAUGCACUCGUGGCCCAGACAUCCAAGGUGAAAGGUUUCAAAACAGAGGACGCUUCCACCAAUAAUCGUUCUCCAAAGCAAGUUAUUGAGCUGGACGACAAAGCCAGAUUCGUGGCGAACCACAUUGACAGUUUGGUCAGUGACGCCAGCCCACAUCUUAUUGUCAGUCAGAUGGGACGCGCCUUUGACAUCCUCAAGAAACGGUGGCCUCGAGACUUUGAAACUGAUAUAGAUUUAUAUUUUUCGAUACCAGGACAAUUCACCCCGGGUGACUCUGACGGAGGCCUUCUCUCCGAUGUUCUCGCCGAUUGUCCGCGCGUUCUUAGGAAGCUUAUCACUGAUAUGUCCGAAAGUGAAAUACGCCCAAGAAUUACAAAAGGUGAAGCCACCAUCAAGGCGUGGACGAACGCAAACAGACCAACACUGGCGCAGAAAUUCGCGAAUGUGCCAAGCUUCGCUCGCGCACUGGAGAAAUUUAGUGAGGACCUUUAUCGUCGGCCAACAAAUUCAUCCAAGCGCACAGAGCAGGCUAUCUCCCAGUUUCAAGACAUAAUGGGGGUCAUUCAGCUGUGCCACUUGAUCAUAAUCACUCAGCUUGACGCCCCAUAUGAAUGGUAUUGCAGCUUUACUGAAGGUCGUCCAAUAGCCUCCGUGACAUUGGGCAUGCUGCCGAGCCUUUUCUCCUGGGCUCAAUACUGCAGCUCUCGUAUCAUCAAUCACCUCCUCCAUCGCCACAGCGAGUAUUUGGACCUGUCUUUCUCUGGCGUGCUAAUUACCACCCUCGACGCUCUUGGAAUCAGCCUGGCUAGACCUGAUGACAUGGUUGAGAAGAUGCUCCUCGACCACGUAAAGGAGGAUCUACCAAGCUCGCAUACACAGGAGACUUUGGAGAAAUGGAGAGCCAGGCUCGAAACGGGGCUUAAGAAUUAUCCUGAUGCCAGGAAGAAUCACUGGUCUAUCAAACCAGAUUACUUUUGGUCUAAAUGGCUCUUCGCAGUUGCUCUAGUGGCGCAACUUCGAAUGCAGCCUUUGAACAAGAUCUGUAUUGGGGUUCAGGGUUCCAUGGAAGCUGGAAAGAGUCAAAUGCUUACGGUCCUCACUGGUGCACCCAAAGACCUUUUCAAGCCAAGAUCUCGCAGUCUCUGCAGAACUCUGGGUAUCCAGUCCUACAACGCAAGCCAGCUGAGCGCCAGCUUCCUUGAGAGUCCUGGGUUCGAUGACCAGAUCCCACAAAUCAAGUACAUGGCCGAGGUUUACCAAGAGCUGUUUGCGGUCGUCAUCAUUGUCAUUCCCAUGGGACGUAUCCGUUCGCAGGCAACUGAAAAUACUCUGCGCAUAGCUGUUAGAUUGCUCCUCGAUCACGACGAUAAGCGUCCUCUACGUAUUCUCUUGAGUCAAGCCGACGGUCUGCACUAUCACCGCAAUAACAAGGAAGCUUUCCGAGCUACUCUUCGCGAUGUUAAAGAGCAAUUUAUGUCGAGGUUGAGAAAUGAAGUAGGAGAGGAUUUCACCUCUUUCAGACGAAGAAGGCUUGGCAAAGCGAUCAUGUGUUUCCCAGAGACACUCGAUGAUAUUGUGAAGCCAUUCUCUACACAUGCUCAGAUGGACUUGGAUGGUAUUAGGGCCUUAUCGGACUGUGGUUCUAACUAUUCCUGUAAGAUCGAACGAGCAAGUCAUUUUGAGAAUCUGUGGGAGCUGGCUGAUGCUGGGGAGAUAUGGGAUAUUGAGUCGCUUCGCUCUUGGCUCCGGGAGCUAUCACCCAGGAGUGUUCCGAUGUCUGAUGGGCGUGUACGACAAUACCGUGAUUAG